UAGAUUGUGUUGUGAAACAUGAUUGUUGCAUGAUGUAUUAUGGGUUCCAGUCUUCUGAUUUCUUUAUAAUUCUUUGCUGUCUAGGCCCUUUUGGGAUAAACCAUGGAAUUGAGAUUCAUGCUGAUGUAGUAGAUUAUGCAACAGAGAAGUUGGACAAUUUUAUAAAAAACAGUGACAGUUUUGAUAAGUUUGAAUUUUGUGAGCCAGUAUUUGUGGUUGGGAACUGCUUAGAUGUUUUGUCAGACAGUCUACAGUAUGACCGUGUGUAUUGUGGAGCCGGAGUCCAAAAGGACCAUGAGAAUUACAUGAAAAUUUUUCUUAAAGUUGGUGGAAUUCUUGUUAUGCCUAUGGAAGAUCAGCUUACUCAGAUAAUACGCACGGGACAAAACACAUGGGAAACCAAAAAUAUAUUGGCUGUUUCAUUUGCUCCUCUUAUCCAACCAAAUAGAUCAGAUUGCUUCAAGUCAGAGAAUGUAAAACUUCCACCAGUGACUGUACGAUGCCUCCAGGACUUGGCAAGAAUUUACAUUCGCCGCAAUCUUAGGAACUUGAUAAAUCAAGAGAUUCAGGCCAAAGGCAUUCCUCAGAAGGCUGCACCAAAACGAAAACGCAAGAAGCUUCGUAGGCGUAAAAUUGAUACCUAUGUAUUUGUAGGCAAUCAAUUGAUACCUCAGCCAUUUGACAGUGAUGAGGAUGACAAAAUGGAAGAAAAUAAAGAAGAAGAAAUGAAUGAAGACCUCAAACAGGAAGAAGCUUCCCCAAAUUUACUUCGAGAGAGAAUUCUGAGUCUGCCACUACCAGAAUCUUUGAAAGCGUACCUAACCUUCUAUAGACAAAAAUAGCACUGAACAAAAAUAAUCUAAAGGUAUCUAUAUUCACUGGCUUUUCAAAAUCUCAAAUGUAAUGUAGCAUUUUUCUCAAAUAAUCACUCCAAAAAUGAUAUUUGCUUGAAUAUAAAGAAAGCAGGUUUCAAAUAGUAAAUGUAUGAUUAAAUUGGUUUAACUUGACUACUUUUAAUUAAUCAUAUCAGUUCACGUUUGAAGAUUAAAGCAGAAUACUCCUUCAGAUAUACACAUUAAUCUUGAGAUUUCUGAUAGCAUAAUAACUUUUUGAUGCAAAUGAUAUCACAUUUUCUAUGAGAAGAUGAAAAGUAGGUUAUUUUUAAAGUUACAUAAAGGUUUUAAACAUUUAAGUGGCGAGUGCCAUUUAAUAUAACUCGAAUAAUCAGAUUUGCUACAGCAAUUAGCAAUUUUUACUUUUAUUAUCACUUCUCUUCGUAAGUCAUGCAUGUGCAACCAAAUGAUAAAUAAGACAUAAAGCAAUGUAUUUGUUUAACAGUGAAUUGUGUUAAUCUAAAGGAAUAUUUCUUCUGACAAUGCAAAAAAAAAUCCUCUGAGCAGUUUAGUUCAAAAGUGUGGAUUUAGCUAUACCAUCGAUUAAUUGUGCAGCUACUUAAUGAUGUGUUUACUGCCCACAAGUAAUAUAUGGCAGGUCCUUUUAAUUGGGCUUUGAUACAAGCAAUUGUUCCAUAUUCUAAUUACAUGUAUGAGGAUGAAUAAUAUUAAGACUCAAAAUAUUGUACAAUCUCCUUCUACUGCAAUGCACUUUAGAAUUUAGGAAAAUUUAAGUUUGCCAAGACCAUUUUUGACAAAACUUGCUCUGUGUUUUAUUAUUUUUGAGCUAUAUUCUUCAAGUGUUAGAAAUUGAAAAUGCUGUUACCUUUUUCACUUUGAAAUUACUUUGGGAUAGUAAAUACCCUUAAAUAAUACUCUGGGACCUUAGGAAUUAUGUAGCAAACUUGCAAAAAAGUAAGGCAAUAUACCAUCGCCACUGAUUUGCUUACUGUAGUACUUUGCUCAUUUGCACCUCUCCUGAAUCCUUAGUUUGGGUACAGCUCAAGGAGAGGUCACUGAGGGAUAUUUUCUUGAUAACACGUACAGUAGGUUGUACUUGUGUACCAAGAUGAUUAAUCCAUGGUGGAUUGUGAACUUGGUAAUGAUACUUGGAGUGACAUUCAGGUAAAUACUAGGCUUUUUGUACAGACAUUGAAAAACCUUUUUUUCUGCACUGUUUAUCAUUUGACCUAUUAUACAGUAGUUAAAAAAUAAUAGGUGUAUUUUCAUAGGUAAUGUAAUUUUCAGCAACUUUGAUCAAGAAAUAUAAAUUCACGUUUAGAAGUGUUGCUUUUGGUGUCAAAUAUGGUUUGUUUUAUUUCAUAGAAUUACUAUUUAAAGAGUAGCAGUUCUGUGAAAUCUAAAUUUAAAUGUUUGCUUCUGUAUACAUUUAUUUGGGGAAAUAUUUUGCAAUAAAAUUGAUAUUCUUUGUCA